UGCGAGGACUUCAAGAAAACCAAGUCCUCCACUAAGAUUGCCUCAAAAGCCCAAAAGAUUUAUUCUGACUUUAUACAAGCUGAUGCUCCAAAGGAGAUUAAUAUUGACUUCCAUACCAAAGACCACAUCUCUCAGAAUAUCUCUGAGCCCACGCUCAGCUGCUUUGAUGAUGCUCAGAGGUUAAUCUACAGUCUCAUGGCGAAGGACUCUUUUCCCAGGUUUUUAAGGUCAGAAGAGUACAAGGAACUAGUAAGGAAGCAACAGAACGGAAAUCAGAAGAGAUGGCUCCCAUUUUCGUAA